AGUCAUAUAGAAUAUUUUUAUUUAUAUAAACAAAUUUGAAUAGCGUUUAAAAUGGAAACUGAGUACAAAGGUAAUGGCAUUAGCUCUGGGACCACAAUUGUAGCCAUUGAAUAUGAUGACGGAGUUGUUAUUGCCGCCGAUUCGAGGACUAGCUGCCAAAACUAUGUAUCGAAUCGAUUGGCGGAUAAGCUAACUCGCAUCACGGAUAAUAUAUAUUGUUGUCGGAGUGGUUCGGCUUCGCAAACACAGGCUUUGGCCAAGGAAGUGUCUUCCUUAAUGAACCACUUGGAGAUCGCUAUGGGCGAACCAAUGCUUGUCUCUGAUGCGGCCCUCACAUUCCGCAAUCACAUCUAUAGGAAUCGCAGUUCAAAAAUCACCAGCGUCAUUGUGGCUGGUUGGGAUAAGCGAAAGGGCGGCCAGGUUUAUAGUGUACCCGUUAGUGGACUCUGUAUACGCGAACCCUUCUCAGUUGCCGGCUCUGGAUCGACCUAUAUCCAAGGAUUUGUCACUUCCCAAUAUUAUCCGGGCAUGCCAUUAGAUGAGACUGUGGCACUUGCUAUAGAUGCCGUUAAACUUGCGAUUGGACACGACUGCAGUUCCGGAGGCGUGGUUCGCAUUGGCAUUAUCGAUAGGGAAGGUAUAAAGACUGGUAUUAUCUGCAAACAUGAGUCUGACAUUAGUCAAGUUACCAACAAAGUGAUGUGGAACUUAGAAUUUGGACAAUGAUAGCUCACGAUUUUUACAUUUUUCCAAAUUUUUAUGUAUUUAUACAGAUUUAAUUAACAUUAAGGAUCUGUAAAAGAUUCCGAAUUACUGUUUGAA